AACGGUCCAGAUUCGCUCCUCAGUUUCUGGCUCUUCUUUAUCUUCCCCACCUUCACUUCCCCUCCCUCCUCUCUGUCUCUCCGUCUUGCUUCUCUCUCUCUCUCUAGAUUUUAGAGAGAAUUGUAGUUGUAGUCUUUUUGAGUUGCUAGAAAUCUCAGCAGAGAAGAGAAAAAUGUCGUUGGGGAAGAGACCAAGGCCUCCGAUGAAGAGGACCACAAGCAUGUCAGAAAUCACCUUUGAUCCGAACACCAUCAGUACUGAGGCACCUCACUCUCAACCGUCCGAUCCCAACAACCCUUAUCAGCCUCUGGCCUUAUGGGGCGGUGGUGGUAGUGGUGGAGGUGGUGGUGGUGGUGGGCUUGAUGGGUUGGAUCAACGGCCCAUGAUGAAGUUGCCCUCACCAUCAUCAGCAUCGCCAAGAAACCAGAAAAGAAAUUCUGCUGAUUUUGGAGAAACUGCCCACUUCUUGAAGGCUUGUGGUCUCUGCAAACGCCGCCUUAUUCCCGGCCGCGAUAUUUACAUGUACAGAGGUGACACAGCUUUCUGCAGUCUAGAGUGCCGGCAGCAACAGAUAAACCUUGAUGAGAGGAAAGACAAGUGUUCUUCCACCGCCGGACACCAAGUCUCCGCCAAAGGUGAAACCGUGUCUGCCUUGUAGGGUUGUCGACUCGAACACAGAACCAUCUUUGCGAGCUUUGCUCAUAUGAAUAUAUAAGUAUGGGGAGGGGUUGGGUUUGAUUAGGUACGUUGCAUGAAAAAUAGGGAAAGAUUUUGAAGCUCUGGAGUCGAUUAAUAUAUGUGGAUUACUCAAGAAAAUUAACUUCAAGUGUGUGCUUCAUCUUCAUGGUUUGCUCCCUCUUGUUUUCAUUUAGGUGGUACCGGAAGAAAACUGAAAAUUUACAGGGUUAAUUUAAUCUUCCUUAUAUUAUAUAUCUCCUUUUUUA